AUGGGUAUCAAAAACCUUCUUUCGAGCCUCUUGCUGGCCGCACCUCUUGUCUUGGCACAUCCUGGCAAGGAGAAGGUCCACGCCCACCGCGCCCUUCCCCUCGAACGCAAGUCGCUCGACCACUGCGAGAAGCACUUUUCGGACCCCGAGUUUGUGACGCGGACAGUCGAGAUCCAUGGCCGCGAGUUUGCGAGGUUGCGCAGAGAGCUCGGCCUCGAGACCGAAGAGAGUCCGAAGCUGAAGCCUCGUGACUACAUCUCCGUCUCGAGGAUCGACCACAAGAGCAACAAGACGGUUACCAAGGGGAUGGACCUCUCGAAUCUGUUCUCGGAUGCCGGCGCGUGCAUGCUGAUGCCCGCUGUUGACCAGGGCCCGCUGUACGUCAAGGGAGAACAAGUCAGGAAAGACAUUACCGAGAAGGAGCCCGGAAUCAAGAUGACGCUGGCCAUCCAAGUCGUCGACUACAAGACGUGCAAGGCUGUGCCCAACGCCUACGUCGACAUCUGGAGUUCGAACUCGACGGGCAUCUACACGGGAGUCCAGGGCUAUCCGGGAAUGGGCGACCCCAAAGACGCCUCCAUCCUGAAGCUCACGGCUCUGCGCGGGAUCCAGCCGACUGACGACCACGGCGUUGCCGCCUUUGACGGCCUGUUACCGGGCCACUACGAGGGCCGCGCGACGCACAUCCACGCCAUCGUCUACCUCGGCGCAACCAAGCAAGCCAACAACACCAUAACGGGCGGCAAGGCGGCACACGUGGGGCAGCUGUACUUUGACCAGUCGCUGCUGACGGCGGUCAACAAGAUCACGCCGUACAUGGGCAACAAGCAGGCGGUGACGCUCAACACGGCCGACUUCCUGUUCAUGCAGGGGGCCAACGGCGACGACCCCAUCGUGCGGUACGCGCUGGUCGGCAAGACGCUGGCCGACGGCGUCUUCGCCUGGAUCCGCUUCGGCAUCAACCAGAACGCCAACAAGGCCGUCAGCCCCGCCGCCUUCAUGGGGCCCUCGGGCGGCGUCAUGAACCCCAACGGUCCCGUCGCGCAGCUCCAGCGCGGCGGCUUUGGUGGUGGCGGCUUUGGAUUUGGCAAGCGCGAUGCUGCUCGGCAUGAAGACGAGAAGGCGGAAGAGUAG